AUGGCAGAUCGUCUAGCUAAAAUAUUCGGUACUGAGGAGGACAAAGUUAACUGUCCUUUUUAUUUCAAGAUCGGUGCUUGCCGACAUGGAGAUACCUGUACUAGAAUUCACAACAAACCACCUCUCUCCUAGACUAUUGCUUUACCUCAUUUAUAUGAGAAUCCACCAGCUGCAGUAGCCUUUGCAGAUGGACUUAAUGUACCUCAAGAGGCAUUAGUCGAAGCAGUGAACCACUUUGAGGACUUUUUUGAGGAAGUUUUUAUGGAACUGGCUAAAUUUGGAGAGCUUGAAGAGGUUGUUGUUGCUGAUAACAUAGGAGACCAUAUGAUAGGCAAUGUCUAUGCUAAGUUUGUGACUGAGGAUUAGGCAAAUGGCGCAUAUAAUGGUCUUAAUGGCAGAUUUUAUGCAGGCAGAGUCAUUCUUGCAGAAUUCUCCCCUGUGACUGAUUUCAGAGAAUCUAAGUGUAGACAGUACAACGAGGGCUAAUGUGACAGAGGAGGAUAUUGCAAUUUCAUGCAUCCUAAGCAUGUUAGCAGAGAUCUAAAGAGACAGUUGUUCAAGCAAAUGUAUGACGAGCACCCUGAGUACAGGGAAGAUAGAAGAGAACGAAAAAAGAAUGAUCCAGUAAAGGAUAGAAGUAGGUCUAGGUCCAAAGGAGGUAGGGAUGAUGACAGAAGUAGAAAGCACAAGUCUAAUAGAUCUAAUUCAAGGUCUGAUUCAAGGCAUAAAAGUCACAAAAAGCACAGAAGUGACAGAAGUAGAGAGAAGAGAAGGUCAAGUAGAGAUAGAGUUGAUAGAAAUGAUAGAGGUGGUAACAGAGAUAAUGAUAGAGGUGGUAACAGAGACAAUGAUAGAGGUGGCAACAGAGAUAGUGAUAGAGGUGGCAACAGAGACAGAGAUAGAGGUCAUAGAGAUGAAAGAGAUAGAACUCACAGAGAUGAUAGAGAUAGAGAAAGAGAUAGAGGGGCUGAUAGAGAUAGAACAGACAGAGAAAGAGACGGUGGUCGAAGAGACCACAAAGAAUCAUCUAGAAGUCAUACCUCUGUAAGGAGACCACAUUCAAGAGAAAAAAGCCCAGAGGACCUAGGCAAGAAAGUCAUGAGGCAAACAUCUGAAGAAAGAAGGGCUAUGUUUGCUCAAUGGAAUGAAGAUGAUGAGAAGCAAUAAUAGAAUGGCUCAAGAGUAAUAUAAAUUUGA